ACGCUUUUCUUCCCAAAAAAUCAACCGGUGGGAUUUUUUCCUCGAGCAGCUCGUCAGUCCUUUCGUUGCUUCCACGGGAUAAACUUCGAUUUUCUUCCUCUUGUCCUCGACCUAAGUCUUUGAUCUACCGUGAACCUAGUUCCCACUAAUUUUUUUACAUUUCUUUGAUUUAAUAAAGUACCCCUCUCAGGAAUCAUGCGUGAGUGUAUUUCAAUCCAUGUCGGCCAAGCUGGUACUCAAAUUGGCAAUGCUUGUUGGGAAUUGUACUGCCUGGAGCAUGGGAUUCAACCCGACGGUCAGAUGCCCUCGGAUAAGACUGUAGGAGGUGGUGAUGACUCAUUCAACACUUUCUUCAGUGAAACAGGAGCAGGGAAACAUGUCCCGCGAGCUGUCAUGGUGGAUUUGGAACCAACCGUUAUCGAUGAGGUCAGAACCGGAACCUACCGUCAGCUCUUCCACCCAGAACAAUUAAUUACCGGGAAGGAAGAUGCAGCGAACAACUACGCGCGAGGUCAUUAUACGAUCGGAAAGGAGAUCGUAGACUUAGUUCUGGACCGAAUUCGGAAGUUGGCUGAUCAAUGUACCGGUCUUCAAGGAUUCCUCAUUUUCCACUCUUUCGGAGGUGGUACCGGCUCUGGAUUUACUUCCCUCUUGAUGGAACGUCUCUCUGUCGACUAUGGGAAGAAGUCCAAAUUGGAGUUUGCCAUCUACCCAGCUCCCCAAGUCUCCACCGCCGUCGUCGAACCCUACAACUCUAUCCUGACUACCCACACCACUCUGGAGCACUCUGACUGCGCCUUCAUGGUUGAUAACGAAGCCAUUUACGACAUCUGCAGAAGGAACUUGGAUAUUGAACGUCCCACCUACACCAAUCUCAACAGACUUAUUGGACAAAUUGUGUCCUCUAUCACUGCCUCAUUGAGAUUCGACGGUGCCCUGAACGUAGAUCUUACUGAGUUCCAAACUAACUUGGUACCCUACCCCAGGAUCCAUUUCCCUUUGGCCACCUACGCACCAGUUAUCUCCGCUGAGAAGGCCUACCACGAGCAGCUCUCUGUCGCCGAAAUCACCAAUGCCUGUUUCGAGCCAGCCAACCAGAUGGUCAAAUGUGAUCCGCGUCACGGCAAAUAUAUGGCGUGUUGCAUGUUAUACAGAGGAGAUGUCGUCCCUAAAGAUGUAAACGCUGCCAUUGCCACCAUCAAGACGAAGAGAACCAUCCAGUUUGUUGAUUGGUGCCCUACAGGAUUCAAGGUCGGAAUCAACUACCAACCCCCCACCGUAGUUCCUGGAGGAGAUUUGGCAAAGGUUCAGCGCGCCGUCUGCAUGUUGUCCAACACCACCGCCAUCGCUGAAGCCUGGGCUCGGCUUGAUCAUAAGUUUGACUUGAUGUACGCCAAGCGCGCCUUUGUCCACUGGUACGUAGGAGAGGGCAUGGAGGAAGGCGAGUUCAGUGAGGCUCGUGAAGAUUUGGCCGCUCUGGAAAAGGACUACGAAGAAGUUGGUAUGGACUCCAUUGAGGGCGAGGGAGAAGCCGGCGAAGAAUACUAGUAGAAUAAUUUGUAUCUUAUUGUCCUGUCUAAAUUGUUUUCCGUUAUAUUCUAUCAUAAAUUCUGUCACAUGUGUCAUUCCGUGUCUGCAUAUUACUCACGCCAGUAAAUUCACUGAAGAAAUAAAAUCGUAACGUUGUAAUAAGU